AUGCAGGAGGACCUCUAUUAUCCUCAUCCAUUGAUACAAGACUUCAUGUGGGAUAGUCUCUACAUACUUACAGAACCUCUUCUAACUCGUUGGCCUUUCAACAAGUUAAGAGAAAGGGCUCUUCAAACCACAAUGAAGCACAUCCACUAUGAAGAUGAAAAUAGCAGGUACAUAACAAUAGGAUGUGUAGAGAAGGUGCUAUGUAUGCUCGCCUGUUGGGUCGAGGAUCCCAACGGGGAUUAUUUCAUGAAGCAUCUUGCUAGAAUCCCUGAUUAUAUAUGGAUAGCCGAAGAUGGAAUGAAGAUGCAAAGUUUUGGAAGUCAAGAGUGGGAUACUGGUUUUGCUAUACAAGCACUGCUGGCUAGUGAUCUUACUGAAGAAAUAGGCCACACUCUUAUGAAAGGGCAUGACUUCAUAAAGAAGUCUCAGGUCAGAGAUAACCCGUCUGGUGACUUUAAAGCCAUGCACCGGCAUAUUUCUAAAGGAUCAUGGACUUUUUCGGAUCAAGAUCAUGGAUGGCAAGUAUCUGACUGCACUGCAGAAGCAUUGAAGUGUUGCCUUCUCUUCUCAAUGAUGCCACCUGAAAUUGUUGGUCUCAAAAUGGAAACUGAACAACUCUACGAUGCUGUCAAUAUAUUGCUUUCCUUACAGAGCAAAAAUGGUGGGUUAGCUGCAUGGGAGCCUGCUGGAGCCUCAGAGUGGUUGGAGAUUCUCAAUCCUACAGAAUUUUUUGCCGACAUUGUUAUUGAACAUGAGUAUGUCGAGUGCACUUCAUCGGCAAUACAAGCUCUAGCUCUGUUUAAAAAAUUGUACCCAGAACACCGGAAGAAAGAAAUAGAAAGCUCUAUUGUGAAGUCUGUAAAAUACCUCGAGGAUGUUCAGAAGCCUGAUGGAUCAUGGUACGGAAAUUGGGGCGUGUGCUUCACAUAUGGCACUUGGUUUGCCCUUGGAGGACUAGCAGCAGCAGGCAAGAGCUACAACAAUUGUCUAGCCAUUCGCAAAGCUGUCGAGUUUCUCUUAAAUGCACAGAGGGAAGAUGGUGGAUGGGGAGAAAGCUAUCUUUCCUGCCCAAAUAAGGAAUAUGUACCUCUGGAAGGAAAUCGAUCAAACUUGGUACACACUGCAUGGGCUAUGAUGGGUCUAAUUCAUUCUGACCAGGGGGAUAGAGAUCCUACACCUCUCCACCGGGGAGCAAAGCUUUUGAUCAAUUCUCAGUUGGAAAACGGUGAUUUUCCCCAACAGGAAAUCACAGGAGUUUUCAUGAAGAAUUGCAUGUUACAUUACGCAGCGUACAGGAAUAUAUACCCACUGUGGGCUAUAGCAGAUUAUAGAAGGCGUGUACCACUACCAUCAGCGCCAACCAGAAGCAUCUGA